CACUCUUCACAUUCUGAAAAAUACUCAGUUUUCUCUCAAAAUGAGUGCUUCUUCCGCGAGACUUACUAGAUGUUUGAGAAUAUCUGUUCCUGCAUCGCCCAGUUCCUCACUAGCUGCAGGCGCGGAGAGAAGCUCGAAGCUGUGGUUUUCCACUGAGUCUUUCGGUGGCGAAAAUAAGGAGGAAGGAAAGAAUGAAGCAGAGGAAGAGUAUGCCGACUUACUUGGUUACAAAUCGGAAACAGAAUCGAAACCUCAGGGAGUGAAUCCCGGUAAAGGUUGGGAAUUCCGGGGUGUGCAUAGGGCAAUAAUUUGUGGAAAAGUCGGGCAACCUCCUGUGCAGAAGCUCUUAAGAAACGGGCGGAAUAUAACCAUUUUUACAGUUGGGACAGGAGGCAUGUUUGACCAAAGAGUGAUUCCAGAAAAGGGGCUGCCAAAACCCGCUCAGUGGCACCGAAUCGCUGUCCACAACGAGGCACUUGGGGCUUAUGCAGUACAAAAAAUUGUUAAGAACUCACCGGUUUAUGUUGAGGGUGACAUCGAAACAAGAGUUUACAAUGACAACAUCAAUGGUGAAGUCAAAUACAUUGCAGAGAUAUGUGUUCGUCGUGAUGGGAGGAUUCGCCUCAUAAAGACCGGAGAAAGUAUCAGCAAUAUUUCCUUGAAUGAUUUGCGGGAGGGAUUGUUUUAGCUUAGACCCAUUGGAAUCUUGGUCUUGGAAAAGAGUCCUGAUCAGUCAUGCCUCUUUUACUUUUAUAUGAAAAUAUAUAUUUGUAUCUCAGCUGGUUCAGCUGUAAUCAGGUGGAGAAAGCCGUCGGAGAUUUGAAAAUGUUUCUUUUCAUUACCCUUUUACCGAAUUGCUCUGUUCUCGACUUUUUAACAAAUUCAAUGUUCAUUGUUCCUGCUAAGUUCA